GUCUGCGACCAAGCCACAAACAACCAAGAAAAAUGUCAGUUGAGUGUAUGAAUUGCUCGCUGUAUAAUUUCUCAGCUCUCCAAUCUCAAUCUCAUCACUCCGUCUUCACUUCUCAACCCCUCAUCACUCCGCCAAAGUUUUGUUUUGUUGCAGGAGGAUCGAUGAAGUCUUUGGCGGAUCGAUAUGAGUCAACGUUGGAUGCGUUGUCGUCGUUGAUAACGAAACGGAGUCGUGCCGAUAAGAACAAUAAAGGGGAUAGCUUCUACUUGCUUUUUCAGUACUUGAAAAUUUUGGAAUUGGAAGACGCGAUUUCAGAGUUGAAAAUCAUCCAUGUUGCUGGCACCAAGGGAAAGGGAUCAACAUGCACGUUUGCAGAAUCAAUAUUACGUAAUUGUGGGUUUCGAACCGGACUUUUCACGUCUCCACACCUGAUUGAUGUUCGUGAAAGGUUUCGAUUGGAUGGUGUGGAAAUAUGUGAGGAGAAAUUUUUGCAAUAUUUCUGGUGGUGCUAUGAUAAGCUGAAGGAAAAAACCAGUGAGGAUGUACCAAUGCCUACAUACUUUCGGUUCCUGACCUUGCUCGCCUUUAAGAUAUUUGCAGCAGAGAAGGUUGAUGUUGCUAUUCUGGAGGUUGGUUUGGGUGGAAGGGCUGAUGCAACUAAUGUGGUUCAAGCACCUAUUGUGUGUGGUGUAUCUUCCCUUGGGUAUGAUCAUACGGAGAUUCUUGGAAAUACUCUGGGAGAAAUUGCUGGGGCGAAGGCUGGUAUAUUUAAGCAUGAGAUACCGGCCUUUACCGUACCUCAACCGGAUGAGGCAAUGCAGGUGCUUGAAGAGAAAGCUUCAAAAUUGAAUGUAAACCUUCAAGUGGUGCAUCCAAUAGAUGCAAGUUCGCUGAAUGGUCUGAAGCUUGCACUUGAAGGCGAACAUCAAUAUUUAAAUGGCGGUCUUGCCGUCGCACUGUGUACUGCUUGGCUUCAGAGGACUGGUCAUCCUAUCAACAAUUUCGAUCAAACAGGUCCAUUACCUGAACCGUUUAUUAAGGGCCUAACGACAGCAAGUUUGCAAGGGCGGGCUCAGAUUGUCCGUGAUCAAUUUACUGACAUUGGAAGCGUCGGGGAUCUAGUUUUUUAUUUGGAUGGAGCUCACAGUCCUGAAAGUAUGGAAGUUUGUGCGAGGUGGUUUUCUCUUUGCACUAAGGAUGACAAUCACCAAUCAAACCUGAAUUCUGAGGCACAGCUGCAGGCAUACGGAAGAUCUAAGGAUACUAUACAGAUUCUGCUGUUCAAUUGUAUGUCGGUGCGAGAUCCACAGUUACUUCUGCCACGCUUGAUGAAGACAUGUGCUAACCAUGGUGUCCGUUUCAAUACGGCUCUCUUCGUGCCGAACAUUUCAGUGUACAACAAGGUUGUAUCCCAUACAUUACCUACGGUUGAUCCUCAAGUUGAUUUGUCAUGGCAAUUUGGUCUUCAGAGAGUGUGGGAAAACCUUAUGCAGAGUGAUAAAGGAGGGGAGGCCAGUAACACGGAUCAAGUUUGCGAAGAAGUGAAAGACGAUACGGGAAUGAGCGUCGGUUGUUGUAGAAACAGUUUGGUCUUUUCUCUACCAUCCGCUAUAAAGUGGCUCAGGGAUACCGCCCAGAAGGAUAGAUUUGUCCAAUUUCAGGUCCUUGUCACCGGUUCCUUGCAUCUCGUCGGCGAUGUCUUGAGAUUAAUCAAGAAAUGAAACCGAAUCUCUCCCUAGGCUCUCGCUGUUCUUCCUACGUCGUUUAUGUAACAGAGACAGCAUUGAUUCAUUGUCUCUACCGAGUGAGGCAACUUCUCGACGGUCCUCGACUGCCUGCUAAUGGCUUCCUAGCAGUUGGUUUUUCGAGGGUUGCUGGUAAACACUUCCGUUUGUGAAUUCCGAAAUCGGCAUAACUUUGAUGAGCGAAGGAAUGAUUGUUUUUGAAACAUGUUGAGACAAAUCCUACAAAACAUUGCAAUUCAUUUGGAUAGACAAAUUAACAAAUGUUCAUUACUUUUAA